CCGAACCGUAUCAGCUCAUCUGUAUCUCUCGCGUCGAUCAUGGAAGCCGCCGUCCGCUUCCUCCACUUCCCUUCCACCGUCGCCGGCGUUGCCGCUCCCCCUCGCCUGAAACCUCGAUCCCUCCCGUCCCUCCGUCGUCACAUAAAUCAGGAGUUUCCUUCCUCCUCCGUCUCCGUCUUCCGUCCAUUCCCCUUCCACCUCUCUCUCAGGCCUUACCACAAACACCUUGCGCCCUCUCCCAAAGCCCUCUCCCUCCCUCUUCCUCUUCCCCCACUCGAUGUCGACCGAAUCACACCGCUCGCCGUCUGUAAGUGGUCCGCCGUGCUCGCCCUCGCUCUCGUCGUGACCAAGAAGACCGUCGCUCUCCUCCUCGACCCUUUCUUCUGGACCUAUUUCAGCUGGUCCUGGAUCUUCUGGCCCUGGAUCUCCGCCGUAGCCCUCGGCUUCUACGGCCUUCACUGCGCCCGGCUUCACUCUCUCGGCCUUGCCUCGCCCUUUCAGCAGAUCGUCGUCGUUACCGCCGCCGUUGCCUGGCUCACCGUCGUGCCCCCGGCUCACUUCAAUGGCUUCCUCGAGGGCUGGCCCAUUUUGCUCUUCUUUGUCUAUCAAUAUUUCUUCUUCUUCGAGUCGUCCGUUCGCCGGCGCCUCUAUGGAGACCUCUACCCUCGCCCUCACGACUCCAAGUGGGACGUCCGCCUCCCCCGCCCCUUCCAGGUUGGCUUCUCCAUCCUCGUCUUGGUUGGACACUGGCUUGCUGCGUAUGAGGGGCCGGAGUUGCACUUAAUCCCUGGUGGGUGGGCCAAUGCUGGGAUCUGGGUUCUCAUCCUGAUGACUUUAUUCAUGCGCUACCAUUCUGUUCUUUAUCUGGCCAAGUACUCGGAGAAGGUGGCGGUGCCAAUGGAGGUGGUGCAGUUCGGCCCUUACAGGUGGGUUAGGCAUCCCAUAUACGCUUCUACAAUGCUUCUGUUCGCGGUGCAUUGCAUUACUUUGAGGGCACCGCUCAGUUUGCUGUUCCUUUGUGCCGUUUGUGCGGUUUACUAUGGGCGGAAGGCGGAUUUGGAGGAAGAGCUUAUGUUGGAGUCCUUUGGGGAGAGGUAUGAAAACUACAUGAACAAGGUCAGAUAUAGGCUAAUUCCAUUUGUGUACUGAGUUCUUAUGAUCUUUGGUCGGUCUGCUACAAAGUUGAUAUUUUGCCAUUUUUUUGGUGAAUUUUGGUGUGUAGUAGAUGAAAGAGAGAAUGCUUGACUCUUCGGUUGAUCACCAUGUACUACAAAAAAACAGAACCUUUGUCCUUCCUUUGUACUUGGGAACAUGGAAUGACCUUCAAAAAGCUAUUGAAUUUAUCAGUUCUUGUCUUUAGUUUUGGAGGGUUUGUAAUUUAUAAACACAAAUAUAUCUGAGCUUUGGCAAUUUAGCCAUUUUUUUGUUCC